GGGUCCUAGAGGAAGCCGAGUUCUACAACAUCGGCCCGCUGAUCCGCAUCAUCAAAGACCGGAUGGAGGAGAAGGACUAUCCCGUCACACAGGUCAGGAGCAGCAAGGCAGCAGGGAGCCAGAGCUGGCUGUGGCGGGAGAGCCAGAGCUGGGGGAGGCGGGAGGAGGGUCGGGAGACGUCCCCCCCCAAGCACGUGUACCGCGUGCUGCAGUGCCAGGAGGAGGAGUUGACGCAGAUGGUCUCCACCAUGUCAGACGGCUGGCGCUUCGAGCAGCUGGUGAACAUCGGCUCCUCCUACAACUAUGGCAACGAGGACCAGGCUGAGUUCCUGUGCGUGGUGUCCAAGGAGCUCUACACCUCCCCGCACGGGCUGAGCUCUGAGUCCAGCCGCAAAACCAAGAGCACGGAGGAGCAGCUGGAGGACGAGCGGCGGCAGGAGGUGGAACAGGUGCAGGUGGAGCCCAGUCCUCCCAGGAGCCCGCUAACCUUUUCUCCCUCCCGCCACCGCCGCCUCCUCCGCUUCCCGCGGGAGGCCCCGCCUCAUCUUCAUCCACCUCUUCCUCCUCCUGGAUCUCAUCUGCACCCUGCCUCUUCCCUCUCUGCCCCUGUCCGGGUUUCCUCUCUGCCUGCUCACGCCUCCAUCCCCGGGCCGCCCCGGCCCCCGCCUCCCGCGCCCUCCACCCAGGCGCCCCGGCCCCCCCCGCAUCCCAGAGCCUCCCGCCUGCCGCCUCCCGCGCCCCCUCUGGCGCCUGCCGCCUCCCGGCCUGGGGACGAGGGUCGUGGCCGCGUCUCCUUGGCGCCCGCCAGCCCCGCCGGGCACCCCUGAGGCCAGGCCGCCCCGCCCAGCGCCUCCCGUCCUCGCCGCCGCCGCCGCCUCACGUUUCCUCC